UGCGUCUCAUUUCCAUCUGUUCAUUUCACAUCACCAACUCAUGACUUACACCCUUAGUAAAUCUGAUUUAAAGUUUCAAGCUCAUACAGUAGCAGCACAGAGGACAAUAUGAAGACACUGAUAAUUUUCUUUGCUGUAUUAGCAGUUGCCUUAGGAGCAGAUACCAUCCGUGACUGCAAGACCAAAGCAGACUGUAAUGAUGACGAAUGCUGUGUCCCUGAAAUGAACUUCCUUUUACUGAGCAAGAGGGGUCUGGCGGACUUGCCUUUUCGCCCUACCAGAGAGGGCAGAUGUGUGGCCUACAUCCAGAAAAAUGCCUCCUGUCACAAUCUGGGCUUUGCUACCUGUGGCUGUGCUCCAGGUCUCCAAUGUAAUUAUUACCCAGAUGGCAAGACUAAGAGGAGGAUCCCCUGGAAACCUGGCAGUUCUUUUUGUGAGGACGAUACCCAAUAAACUAAGCAUUAAAGGACAAUGAGAAUCGAUUUGUUUAUCUAAUUUUCUUUAGUCUCAUUCUGAAUUUUGGUAUGAUGUACAAAAGGUUAA